UGUAUGUGGACGCAAACCAAAACCCCGGUCGCGGACCGUCAUUCCGCCAGCUCAAAAUUCACUAGAAAUUCAAGCUUCUUAGGCAAGAAAUUUUAGGAGUUCAUCAGUGAUGUAACCAAGUGCUCUAUGCUGGCUGAGCAACUUCUCAGUGAGGAUGCUACAAAUGAUCUUUGACUCUCCAGAGAAUUCAAUCAUCAAUGGUCCUCGACAUGAUGCAGCGGAUGUCCUGUAAGAUCAUGGUUGUAUCCAUCACCAUACUAUCAAUCUCACUCUUGUAUCUGACCAGGAAACAGACGUCAUCUUCAGAUUUAGUUGUGCCUCAGGAAUCUAUCUAUGAUUUUAUGAGCAACAAAGAUACACCAUGGAGGAGUGAUGAUGAUGAUUUAUCUGAGAUCCAACAGAAAGAUGAUUACUAUGGUGUCAUGUUUGAUGCAGGCAGUACUGGUUCUAGGGUUCAUGUCUUCCACUUCCAAGAAACCCCCAAGGGAAUUCCACCAAUCCUAUUAUCUGAAGUUUUCAACUUUACAAACCUCCCCCUUGCACAGUAUGCAGAUAAUCCAGCAGAGGGAGCAGCCUCGAUUAAAGUACUUUUGGAUGUAGCAUUACGAUCAAUUCCAUUUAGUCAUUGGUCAACAACUCCAGUUGCCUUGAAAGCGACAGCUGGUCUUAGACUUAUUCCAGAGAGGAAGGCUAAAGCUCUUCUAAAUGAAGUUUAUGCAAUGUUCAAGAGGUCUUCAUUUCAUGUAGAAACUCCAGAAACCACUGUAGAUAUUAUGAAUGGAACAGACGAGGGUAUUUUUAUGUGGGUCACCGUCAAUUUUCUCAAUCGUGCACUGAUAAGUUCAACCCCAGAAACAAGAGGCACACUGGAUAUGGGAGGAGGCUCUACACAAGUCACCUUCUUACCUCGGAAUGAAGAAACAUUAUCUCAUCAAAUUCAUAAUACCAACAUCAAGACAUACCCAUUCCUUCAUCAUCAAUAUAAACUCUACACAAAGAGUUUCUUAGGUCUUGGACUUAAAGCUGCAAGACUAGAAAUAUUAAAACGAGAGAAGGAAAACCCAAUCUUUGUGGGAUCAAGUGAUACUGAUCAACUCUCUGCAGGUUCAGAAGAGUUUACCAGUGCAUGUCUUCCUCCAUUCACAUCAGGGACAUGGGACUUUGGAGGCAAUAUGUACUCAGUAUCAUCAUCAAAUAUACAUUCUGAAAAUAUAUAUGAGAACUGUUUGAGUGUGGUUAAAGCCUUUAUAGAAGAUACUGUCAUAGUACCAACGGAAAUGCAAGAAAGCUCUUCCUUUUAUGCCUUGUCUUACUUCUGGGAGAGAGCUGCAGAGAUUGAAAAAGUUGAUUGGAAGGAAGGAGGAACAAUGCUAGUGAAAGACUAUAGGGAAGCUGCAAUAAAUGUGUGUUUAAACCAUUCUCUAUAUGCUGACAAGCCAUUUCAUUGUAUGGACCUUGUAUACCUCAGCUCAGUAUUAUCGCAUGGAUAUAAAUUCAGGGAUGAUGUUCAGUUAUUGAUGACAAAUGCUAUUGAUGGCUUUCGUGUCAGCUGGGCACUUGGUGCAACCCUGGAGCUAUUGAGAAAACAUUGGGAACAUCUGAAGAAAUUAUGAUAGGAAUAAUGUGCUAUCAUAUGUAUGUGUGACUUAUUUAAAUGCUUAAACUGUAAACUUGAUUAAAACCAGUCUAUAUUCUGUGCAAUUCUUCUUAAGGGCUGAGCUAACAGGUCUGCUGUUGUUUUUUUUAGAAAUGUUUGUAAUGCCUUCCAUACAUUAUAACCCCAUCAAACAGAAAAUUCUUAAUUGUCUGUCAUCUUGUCAAACCAUUACCACAAGAGAUUGAACAUUAAUGGAAACAACAGGGCACUGUUCAUAAACAUUUUUUAAAUCUUAUUUAAAUGCAUUGUGGUCUAACUUGUUUUGGUCUACUUGAAAUUAUGUCUAAUUUCCUUUGGAUAAUAACCAGUCAGUCUAAUAUCAAGUUAUGUUGAUCUAAUAUACUGGGGUUUAAUGUCAUUAUACCUAAUACUUUAAGUGGUACAUGGACCAAAUGAUAAUUGAGCCAAAGUUAUAAAUUGAUUUUGGGGUCUUUAGACCUUCUGGCAAUUAGACCAAGUACCAGUCAGACCAAAUGAAAUAUGGACAAAAAAGGUCUAGCAUUGAUAAAGAACAAGCCCAUCUAAUAAUUUUAGACCAAACAUGUAUGCUAUAGCAGUUUUGGGGGAAAAAUGUUUGCCUUGGAACUGGAUCAAAGAGCUGGAGUAUAUUCACAUAAAUACAUUUCUAUGUGAAUUCAGGUUCUUAUAAAACAUGCUGCACAUUUACAGAAUUCUGCAUUGCCUUUGUCAACAUUUUGAGGAUCAGAAGAUUAUAAAAUGUUAGUGUGUGUUUUUAUGAAAUUGCUUCUCUAUGCCCUGUGAAUUAUGAUAAUUUUUUCAUACAUUGAGGUUUUACAUGCAAAUGAAAUUUAUGUACACUGUCCAUUUAAAUUUUUGUUGUCAUGUUGUAUACAAACUCAGCUCAGAUUUAAAUGAGAGCAAUUUUUAAGGCAGAGCGUGUAUUUUGCAUGUUGAUUUGGGGAUAUGGAUUUUUUUUUAGUAAACUGACUGGUAUUUCUAAUGAGCCCUUUGUACAUUCAUGUGUAAUUGAAUGAUGACAUUUUAAAAAAAAAACAUCCUCUAUCACUUUAACAUUUCUCUGGAAUUACAUGUUUUCUGCAAUAUUGAUGGUUCAGUAAACUUCAAAGCCAAAAAAUAAAAGUAGAGUAUUCACAGAACACAUAAAAAACAUAUAUUUCCAUACAUGUACCUAAUAUCAGUUGAAUUUUUUUAAGUCAAACAGAUCUCUGUAGUUUGUCAAGAUGUGCAAGUUAGGAAGAGGUAGAUAAAGUAUAUUUACAAGAUUGCAAUGAGAUUCUUACACUAUGUUAAACUGGUGUAGGAUUCAAUAUCAAUGUGUCUAUAUUAAUUGGUAUUAUAAUUCAAAUCUAAUCACAAUCUACAAAUUUUAUACCGUUUUUGCAGGUAUUGCUAGAAUGGGAAGAAAGGUAUGAAACAGACUUCAUAUCUUCUACUCACAAAUUGUCUUCCUUGCAUACAAUAUAAAGGUUUGUGUGGUGGGAUAAUUUGGUAUUUUAAUCAUGACAUUAAGUGAAUUUGAAUGAAUUUCUAAAAUGCCCAAUUAGAAAUUAUUGCAUCGAGGCAUUUUACCCCAACCUCUUCCCAAUAAGUAGUCAGUGAUUUGCAUACACCCCCC